AUGCCCUCGGUGGCACUCGCACUUUUGUGCUACUGCGUCGUGCCGGCCUUUACUUCCAAGCUUUACUCCGUCACCAACUACAACCAGCAGAUCUGGUCCAGCGACUCCCUGGUCGGCAAUGUGACCCUCGGAAAUAGCCCAACUGCGGUGGCCUACCAGGGCAACACUUAUGUCUUCCACAACACUGCACCAGGCUCUGUCAACAUGUCUUACCUGGUCGUUGAGACGGGUGAGCACCUGGUGGUGCCGAACACGACAUUUUCCCAGACGCCCUCGGCGGUGAUCUACAACGAAAGGCUCUUUCUGUUCCAUGCCAGCGGAGAAAACAGCAAAGAGCUGUGGUUCAACGUAUACGACGGCGAAGAAUGGGCCGAGGAUACGGCAUUGGGCACCGCGACACUCGCGGGCAGUCCGGGUGCUGUCCUUUACAACAGCUUCAUCUACGUCUUCCACCGGCUCAGGAGCCAGCUCUGGUAUACCGUAUUCGAUGGCGAGAACUGGCUGGAGGACAAGCAGGUCCCCAGGAGUAGGUCGACGGCUGCCCCGUCCGGGGUCGUCUACAACAACAAACUCUAUGUCUUCCACCAAGGCGGCCCGAACGGCACGACGCUGUGGUACAAUGUCUUUGACGGAUCAAGCUGGGACAGCGACAAGCAGGUCCCUAAUACGUUCUUGUUGGACGGACCGACGCCAAUUUCGAAUGGGAAGCAGCUUGUUGUCUAUUACCAGGGAAUAGACGGCUUCCUUCACUACAAUACUUUGGACGCUGGCGGUUGGGCCGGAGAUCUUGUCGCGCCAAAUGUUACGAUCGGAUCCAAACCGGCUGUGGUAGUUACCUAA